AUGGCUUCGGAAGAUGAGGACGACUAUAUGAACAUGGUAAUCGAGGAGCCCAUUCAAAAAGAGACUUUCGCCCAAAAAAAGCGCCGUGAACUACGAGAGGUACCGUUUCCACAUUCUAACCCAACGCCAUAUCUGUCUCCGGCUAAAUUCCAACCCAAUUCUAACAUUCUUUUCCACAUGCAGGCCGAGGCCCGAGGCCGAGUCCCAUCCAAAGCUGAACGCGCCGCUCAGGAAGCCAUGCGCCGAGAAGAAGCCUUGGCCACAAGCACCCUCAACCCCACCAACAAAGGGUUCCAAAUGAUGGCAAAACUUGGGUAUAAGCCUGGUGGUGUACUUGGCAAACCCGUUACCGCCAGCGACUCUGAAACCACCGACUCUUUUCUAAAGCCGCGCGCUGUACCGCUAAACCUAACAUUGAAAGAAAACCGCGGCGGAAUCGGGCUAGACACGGAGAAAAAGCGUAAGCUUCGCGAGGAAGCAGAAGAAGCAGCAAAGAGAAUCAAACAUGAAGAAGGGAGUUACCGAGAUCGUGUUCGUGAAGAGCGCGAGUUGAAACGCACUGAAGCGCAAGUGCGCGCUGCGCAGAAAGUUGCAGAGAGGCUGGAUGCAGAACCCGAGAGUGGGGCUGCCACUGGCGAAGAGAAAGAACAAGGAACGGGGUCUUCGAGCACGUUUAACAAAGAAGGUGGUGAUCACACAGAUCCCACUCAACUACGCGAUGGAGCCGACGGAGCUGCGAAAAAGAAGAAGCCAAUCAAGCUCACGUCCCAAAUCAACGUUCUCUACCGAGGUCUUAUCCGUGAGCGCGAAAGAAACGACAGUGACCGCCAAACGCGCCAUGCCCUCCAAUCCUCACUCCCUUCAUCAUUUUUCCCCAGAGCACGGCUACCUCAAUUCGAUGACCCGACUAUGGACCGGGAGGAUAAAAAGGCCCUUGACAGUGAUCUAGAUCAGGAUACCUCCGCGGUGGAAAUAGAGCUGGAAGAAGACGACGAGGAGCUCGAUGCCUUCAAUGCGCUAGAGCCAGCUGAGCGACUGCGUAAGCUGGUUCUCUUUUUGCGCGAGAGAUAUCGUUAUUGCUUCUGGUGUAAAUAUGCCUACGAAUCCGAUCUUGGGCUGGAAGGGUGUCCGGGCCUGACCGAGGAAGAUCACGAUUGA